AUGCAAUCGGUUAGUAGCCCAAGUCCACCAAGUACUCCGCACAUUUUGCUCAGUGCUGCAGGCAACGCCGCCAAUGAGAAACGCAAUAAAACGAUUAUGAAUUGUUUUCGGGAUCGAACGCCGAGUUACACGCGCCCCAAUUAUUAUAAUCAAAAUCAACGCCAGCCACAGCAACGUAUUUAUGAACAAAGCGGUACUGGCAGCAGUAGCGGUAGUGGUCGACCGGAAGCUGUUGUUUUUCUCAAAGAGUUACGUUCAAGUCCAAAUAAAUUAACCUUACUCAAGAGUUCAAGUACUCGCGAUCUCAGUCGUCUUGUGGACGAAGUAACUAUUGUGAAUUUUAAUAGUAACGGGAGUGUUGGUAUGUCAACUUCAUCCUCUUCCUCUUCAUCGAAUCACAAAAACACCAGUCAUACAAAUACUGGAAUAAAAAAUCUGCAAGAUUUAGAGAAACGGUUUUCACAGUUAGAAAAGGAUUUUCAGGAACAAAAGGAUUAUACAAAGUGUUUGGAAACACAAAUUCAAGAUUUAAAGAAACGAGUUGAUGAGUUAACAGAAGUGAAACAAGUAGAGAAGCGAAAAAAAUCAGCGAGUGUACGUAAGAACGUUAGCAAUCUAAAUACAAGUGUACAACCUUCCCGAUUUAAUGCGUGGUUACGUCUGACGAAUUUAUGGAAACAUCGACCAAAUAUAAAGGCAUUUGCAUUUAAAGCAUAUGAGUGCAAUGAAUACUCAUAA